CGAGCUUAUCGCCCUAUCUCCUCGCGUGGGCGGUGACGAGAUCUCGCGAGAACUCGUGGCGCCGGCGGGAGCAUCAUGGCGGCGGCGUUGACGGCGGCGCGGCGGAGGGUGAUGCGGGCGGCGCUGCGGCCGCGCGCGGUGUGGAUUCCUCAGGCCGGGAUUUCCCACGCUGUGGAUCAGCUCCACCUCCCCUCCCAACGCAGCAUCCCCCCCCCAGCCAAGUACGGGGGCCGGCACACGGUGACGCUGAUCCCGGGCGAUGGCAUCGGCCCCGAGCUCAUGCUGCACGUCAAGGAGGUGUUCAGGCACGCCUGCGUCCCCGUGGAUUUCGAGGAGGUUCGGGUGAACUCGGAGGCGCCCGAGGACGACGUGCAGAACGCGAUCACGGCCAUCCGGCGCAACGGCGUCGCGCUCAAGGGGAACAUCGAGACCAACCACAACCUCCCCCCCAGCCACAAAUCCCGCAACAACCUCAUCAGGACCAGCCUGGAUCUCUACGCCAACGUCAUUCACUGCCAGAGCCUGCCCGGGGUGGAGACGCGGCACCGGGACAUCGACAUCCUGAUCGUCAGGGAGAACACCGAGGGGGAGUACAGCUCCCUGGAGCACGAGAGCGUGGCGGGCGUGGUCGAGAGCCUCAAGAUCAUCACCGCCGGCCGCUCGCGCCGCAUCGCCCACUACGCCUUCGGGCUGGCCCGCGCGGCCGCGCGCCGCUGCGUCACCGCCGUGCACAAGGCCAACAUCAUGAAAUUGGGGGACGGGCUGUUCCUGCAGUGCUGUGAGGAAGUGGCGGCCGAGUACCCCGAGAUCACCUUCCGCAGCAUGAUCGUGGACAACACCACCAUGCAGGUGUGA